UAUAUUUAAUGAGCUAAUUAUGUGAUUCUGAGUUAACACAGAAACACCCAGAAACAGAGAGAAGGCUUGGACGGUGACACCAAUGCUACUGAUAGUGAUGAUGUGCUCCAAGUUUUGAUUUUUAUUGAGAAAUUAUUCGUUGGGAGAAAUUGGGUUUGAAGAAGAGGUUGAAGAAGAAGAUUAGAACUUGAGAAGAAAUGGUGGAGAUGAAGGAGGAGAGAAUGGCGAUAUUCAAAGGCAGAGAAAAAUUCGGGUCCAAUGCUUUGCACACGGUUGUGGCUUUGGGCAUAUGGCUGGGGACUAUCCAUUUCAACGUGAUUUUGGUCUUCUUCGCCAUCUUAUUCCUUCCUGUUUCCAAGGCCCUCCUUGUAAUUGGGUUGCUGCUAUUGUUUAUGAUAAUCCCAGUUGAUGAUAAAAGCAAAAUUGGCCGAUCACUAUCCAGGUACAUAUGUAAGCAUGCUUGUGCUUAUUUUCCAGUGACUCUGUAUGCAGAGGAUAUACAUGCCUUUGAUCCUAAUCGAUCUUAUGUUUUUGGUUAUGAACCACAUUCAGUUUUGCCAAUUGGUGUUGUUGCACUUGCUGACCUUACUGGGUUCCUACCUCUCACCAAAAUUAAGGUCCUUGCAAGUAGCGCUGUGUUCUACACACCAUUCCUAAGACAUAUAUGGACAUGGUUGGGUCUUACACCAGCCACAAAGAGUAAUUUUAUCUCCCACUUAUCCGCUGGUUAUAGUUGCAUCAUUGUGCCUGGUGGAGUGCAGGAGACAUUUUAUAUGGAGCAUGGCACUGAGAUAGCAUUUCUCAAGUCGAGAAGAGGAUUUGUUCGCAUAGCCAUGGCGAUGGGCCAUCCCCUGGUUCCAGUUUUCUGCUUUGGUCAGUCAGAUGUUUAUAAGUGGUGGAAGCCAAGUGGGGAGUUAUUUUCGAAGUUUGCCAGAGCUAUCAAGUUCACCCCAAUUUUCUUCUGGGGAAUAUUUGGAUCUCCUGUGCCCUACAGGCAUCCAAUGCACGUGGUGGUAGGAAGACCAAUCGAACUCAAGAAAACCCCACAACCAACCAUGGAAGAGGUCAAUGAAGUACACAGUCAGUUUGUUGCAGCACUACAGGAUCUUUUCGAACGGCACAAGGCUCGGGUUGGUUAUGCUGAUCUUCAAUUGAAAAUUCUUUGAUCAGAUCUUAAUCCAUGUUCCUUCUACAUUAUCAAUUUUUCUAUUCGUGUCCGAGGAAAUUAGUGAUAACAUGUUGUAUUAAGGUAGAUUGUAGAAAUGACGGUUGUUUGAUGUCUAGCUAGUGGGUCUAUACAUAGUUUGUGCCCACGUAUGGCAAAAGUCCAAACCUUCAUCCGGAACAACAGAAGUGGCAUAAUUAAGAUGUGUAAAUUGAGUUUUUAAUUAUUUGAUAAUUUCUUAAUAAAAACAAUGAAUUAUACACUUCGACCUUUGGA